GGUGCGACCAGAGAGAGACCGGUGCUCCGCCGUCACGCCCCUAAAAACCCCCUUCCCCGGUGGCCCGGUCCGUCCUCUCCCCGCUAGGCUGAUUCAUCCGCCUCCCCUUCCCUCCCCGCGUCCGCCGCACGCGCCGCCUGAACCCUAGCUUCCGCCGCCGCAGGCAGCUGGGAUGGAGAAGGGGGCCCCGGAGUCGUCGCUCUGCUGCGCUCGCUGCGGCAAGCCUGCCCUCCUGCAAUGCCCCAAGUGUGCGGAACUGAAGCUGCCGCGCGAGGGCGCGGCUUUCUGCACACAAGAUUGUUUUAAGGCAGCAUGGAGCUCUCACAAAUCUGUCCACCCAAAGCCAAAUGCUCAGCAGUCUCCAGAAGGUUGGAAGUAUUGUUUGAAAAAAGGGCGGGCACGUUCGUUGCAGCUUCCUCGUUUUGAAUGGACAGGUCCAUUGAGACCAUAUCCAAUAUCAAAAAUGCGUGUGGUUCCAGAUGAAAUUGAGAAGCCUGAUUGGGCACUUGAUGGAAUUCCCAAGAUUGAACCAGACAGUGAUUUGCAGAAAAGAGUAGAGAUUAAGACCCCUGAGCAAAUAGAAAGGAUGAGAGAAACAUGUCGAAUUGCAAGAGAGGUUUUAGAUGCAGCUGCACGUAUAAUAAAACCAGGAAUUACAACAGAUGAAAUUGAUAGAGUCGUCCAUGAGGAGACAAUUGCUAGAGGUGGAUACCCAUCUCCAUUGAAUUACCAUUUCUUCCCAAAGUCAUGUUGCACGUCUGUCAAUGAAGUCAUUUGCCAUGGAAUUCCUGAUGCCAGGAAACUUGAGGAUGGUGACAUUGUAAAUGUUGAUGUAACUGUAUACUAUAAAGGCGUUCACGGUGAUUUGAACGAAACAUAUUUUGUUGGCAAUGUUGAUGAAGCUUCCAAACAGCUUGUCCGUUGUACCUACGAGUGCUUGGAGAAAGCUAUUGCUAUAGUUAAACCUGGAGUUAGGUUUCGAGAAGUUGGAGAAAUCAUAAAUAGACAUGCUUCAAUGUCAGGUUUAUCUGUGGUGAAAUCAUAUUGUGGCCAUGGCAUAGGAGAAUUAUUCCACUGUGCUCCAAACAUCCCUCAUUAUUCAAGAAACAAGGCUGUUGGUAUCAUGAAAGCUGGGCAGACAUUUACAAUCGAGCCAAUGAUCAAUGCAGGAGUUUGGAAUGACCGUCUGUGGCCUGAUGAUUGGACCGCAGUGACUGCAGAUGGUAAACGGAGUGCUCAAUUUGAACAUACACUUUUGGUGACAGAGACAGGAUGUGAAGUGUUGACGGCACGGUUACCCUCAUCACCGGACGUAUUUCCAUGGUUGAAGCCGUGAUACUGAUACUCUGGCUAUAAGCAGCAACAAGCAAGUGAUCCUGAUACAUUGGGACUGCAUUAAUUUUGUUGUCUCAUCAGUCCGUGGCUGCCGAGAAAUUUCAAUUUUUCCAAAUUAAUGCAUAUAUGCAACUGUUAAACAGUCGCUGAAACUUAUGUCCUUCCGAGUUGUUUCCGGGAGUGUGGAUUGUUGAAUGGAUCUGUUCAGAGUUAUAUGAAUAUGAGGCUUAAAAUUACCUGAGGCGUGUUACAACAUGUUUAUGCCA